UCGCGCCGAAUCGCGCCGAAUCGCGCCGACAUUGAGCACGCUGUGUCAUAACCUCUAACUCGUGGCGCGUAAACAACCUUUCGCGCUAGUGUGUAUCGCUGGCAUUUAUUUUAUUCGCGAUGUACGAGGCACACAGCAUCAAUGCUGAGCACAAGGAUCUCAUACACGACAUCGCCUACGAUUAUUAUGGGGAACGAAUGGCGACGUGUUCCAGCGACCAAUUUGUGAAGGUUUGGGACGAGGAUGAACAUGGAAACUGGCAUUUAACUGCUUCUUGGAAAGCUCACAGUGGAUCAGUAUGGAAGGUUACUUGGGCGCAUCCAGAAUUUGGUCAAGUCCUUGCUACAUGUUCGUUUGAUCGUACCGCUGCUGUUUGGGAGGAAAUUGUUGGCGAAGGGUCUGGACCAGAAGCACGUGGCAGUAAGCAUUGGAUUAAAAGAACAAACUUGGUAGAUUCACGUACUUCUGUCACAGAUGUAAAAUUUGCACCAAAGACCUUGGGCCUUUUACUGGCUACUUGUAGUGCAGAUGGUUUUAUUCGGAUAUAUGAAGCUCCAGAUAUCAUGAAUUUGAGUCAAUGGACGUUACAACAUGAUAUCAACUGCAAACUUUCGUGUAGCUGUCUUACAUGGAAUCCGUCUCUCUCGAGAUUACAUCCACCUAUGAUAGCAGUUGGCAGUGAUGAUCCGAAUCCUACGCUUGGGGCAAAAAUCUUCAUCUAUGAAUACUCCGAGAACAGUAGACGUUGGAUGAAGGCCGAGACAUUGUCAAGCAUUACGGAUGCCGUUUACGACAUUGCGUUUGCUCCUAAUCUGGGCAGAAAUUUCCAUACACUAGCCAUAGCUACAAAGGACGUACGAAUAGUCACUUUGAAACCGACGGACGAGAGUACGCAGACCGGUGUGUCGCAUUUCGAAACGAAUGUAGUUGCGCAGUUUGACGAUCAUUACUGUACUGUAUGGCGUGUCAGCUGGAACUGUAUGGGAACGAUUUUAGCGAGUUCCGGCGAUGACGGUUGCGUCCGAUUGUGGAAGGACAAUUUUAUUAAUCACUGGAAAUGCAUCUCUGUCCUGAAGGGAGAUGGUAUUCCGGCACAAGGUACCGAAACUCCCAUCGUCGCGACUCCGCCGAGCUCGUCUACGCCGGCUCAACAGAUGCCGUCAACCACAAGGACUGUAAGCAUAGUCACGGUUCCGGCGGAGAAGCCGACCGCUACCAUCGUAUGCAGUAACAAGUGGCAAGCGCCUGUUAUAAAAGGACGCUUUAGUAAAUCCGUAUGGCUGGGUAAUCCUAGCGAACCAACACCACCGUUGUUGCCGAUUAUAGCAAAGAAAUAAUUAAGAUCGCUCGUGUGAUCUAGCAAUGUGAUUUGGUAGUAUUAUUUAGAAUAAGCACGAUGAGAAAUGAAUGUCGAUAUUGAUUUUAAACCGAUUGUGAUAACACGUAAUAAGUUUUUUUUUGUGCGGAAUUAAAAUGCAAAAUCAUUUAUUAUACAAUCUUGUUGUAAUGAAUUUUUUUUAUAAUGUUAUAUUUUUCAAUGGAAUGUAUCGCGAUUAUUUGCAUGGAUUAAAAUUAGAUUGCAUAGAUUUCUGGUUUGCGAAAGCAAUCUAUCAUUAUAGUGUAGAAAUUUCUGAUAAAUAUAUUUUUUAGAGAUCUGAAUA